AUGGCCGGCACCGUUCCCAUCGCCCACUCGCUGGAGGACAUCUACACCCCGGAUGCCUUGCCGGCUCAGAUGGAGCGAUGGGAUGCCCUCCAGGAAAAGUUCGAGUCCAUUUACGGACACGUGCCCGAAUUCGUGGCGCGGUCCCCGGGACGUGUCAACAUCAUUGGCGAGCACAUCGAUUACUCGCUGUACUCAGUCUUGCCGAUGGCCAUCACUGCCGAUGCUCUCCUUGCUGUAUCAACCAACCUAACUCCUACCAAGCCAGGGACUUUCAAAAUCAAGAUCGCGAACGUCCAAGAGGCUCGCUUCCCGUCCCAUGAGUUUGACAUCCCCUUCGAUACCGUCGAAAUCGAUGCUACUGUUCACGAAUGGACCAAUUAUUUUAAGUCAGGUCUGCGUGGUGCCCUGGAGCUUCUGCGGAGGAAGCAUGGCAAUGACUUUAGGCCCAAGAGCAUGAAGAUCCUCAUGGAUGGGACUGUUCCUGCGGGUGGCGGACUCAGUUCGAGUGCAGCCUUUGUCAGUGCAAGUGCCCUGGCAGUUAUGGUUGCCAAUGGGGAACAAGCGAUCAACAAGAAGGAAUUGACAGAGUUGGCGAUUGUUAGCGAGCGGGCUGUUGGUGUCAACUCGGGAGGGAUGGAUCAGUCGGCUUCAGUCUUUUCUGAGAGCGGCUCUGCUCUCUUCGUGUCCUUUACCCCAACACUCAAGGCCGAGCCUGUCCAGUUCCCCAAGACAAAUCCCGAGCUUGCCUUCGUUAUCGCUCAGUCCUUUGUCACCGCAGACAAAUUUGUCACAGGCCCAAUUCACUACAAUCUCCGCGUUGUCGAAUGCAGUCUUGCAGCAGCAUAUCUCAAUGCGUUGGUCAAUCCUCCUGGGACAUCUUUGCCCGCUGACGCUUCACCCUUGGGCAUAAGCCUGCAUGGCUUCCACACAACUUUCUUUGCCACCCAGGGUACCAAGACUGCCGACUCCAUGGAGGACCAACUAACCGAGCUUAUCUCAACUGUCAAAAAAGUCCUCGUCAAAGAAGAAGGCUACACCCGCGAAGAGAUCGCCGCAGCCCUCCAAAUCUCCGUCGACGAGCUGAACUCACGGUUCACCUCUCGCUUCCCCGUCCGUGCUGAGCGCUUCAAGCUCCGCCAGCGUGCACUGCACGUCUACUCCGAAGCUCUCCGCGUCUUAAAAUUCAUGUCCCUCCUCCGGCAACAGCCCAUCCCCGACGCAACCAACUCCGCCACCACAGAAGAAUACAACCGUCAGCUCGGUGCCUUGCUCAACGAGACGCAGGCCUCGUGCCGCGAUGUCUACGAGUGUAGCUGUCCCGAGAUCGACGAGCUGUGCGCCAUCGCCCGCGAAGCAGGCAGCUACGGCAGCCGGCUCACAGGAGCCGGCUGGGGCGGGUGCAGCGUGCAUCUUGUGCCGGCCGACAAGGUGGUUGCUGUGCGGCAAGCGUGGGAGGAGAAGUAUUAUAGCAAGUUAAAGCUAACGGAUCAGCAGAAGGAGGCCGCGGUGGUGGUUAGUCGGCCGGGAAGCGGGAGUGCGGUAUUUUUGGUUAAGGGGUAA